AUGAAUCGAGCUGCGCAGGGAACGACUCCGUCUAUUAUCAUCAAUCGCACCAUGUUCAUCCGAUCCACCUGCUCGCUCGGCUUAAUGGCAUUCAGUCGUCCAAUUAGCAUCCUGGCCAGAACUUGCAACGUCCCUCCAGUCAGAGCAGCUUCCGCACGGCUUGGGAUGCACAUUCACAAGUGCCCAUCCAGGCCGUUCCACUCCAGUAUCCGCACGCUACAACAAUCCCAAGACAAAGACACCGCCUCUUCGAAACCCUACACAAAAACCACUCCUCCCCCUACCAACCUAGAAAAGCAGUCGGUCCAAGCACAGGCGCCGACGGACGACGAAAUGGAGCGCUUCAUCCCCGGAUUUGCCAACCUCGGCGUAGACGCAAAGCUAGCGCACAUCCAAAUAUUGAAAAGCCUUGGGAAGUAUGACCCAAAGUGGAAGCUAGGGGCGUACGAGGCGUUGACAAUGAAGGAGAAGGAGAUCCAGGACGCGGACAGGUGGUAUAAGAAGGCGUUUCGGAGCAUAGCGUGGGGCCCGACCAUCUUGAUCAAUGCUAUUAUCGCUGUGAUCUGGUUCUGA